GCUGUGUGCUGGGCCAACGCGGAGCCGGAGCAGCCGCGGUGAAGCUCCUGGGCUCCGCUGAGACCGUCGCGCCCGCUCGUCGCCUCGAAGUAGCAGCUUCAAGCCGUCGCCGCUACUGGGUGAGCGGCCGCCUAUUGUCCUUCUCGGCGGCGAAGGUGCGGAGCUGCUCUGGCUGGGCCCGCGGGGGAGCCCCGGGCGCCGCACGUGUCCUGGGUCAUGAAACUUAAUCCACAGCAAGCUCCGUUAUAUGGCGACUGUGUGGUUACGGUGUUGCUGGCUGAGGAGGACAAAGUUGAGGAUGAUGUAGUUUUUUAUUUGGUAUUUUCGGGUUCCACCCUCCAUCACUGCACAAGUACACGGAAGGUCAGUGCUGAUACGCUGGAGACCAUUGCUCCUGGUCACGACUGCUGUGAGACCGUGCGGGUGCAGCUGUGUGCUUCCAAGGACGGCCUUCCCGUGUUCGUGGUGGCCGAGCAAGACUUCCGGUUCGUCCAGGAUGAGGCGUACGACGCAGCCCAGUUCCUGGCCGCCAGCGCCGGCAACCAGCAGGCCCUGAACUUCACCCGUUUCCUCGACCGGUCAGGACCCCCGUCUGGGGAUGUGAAUUCCCUUGAUGAGAAGGUUGCCCUGGCAUUCAGACACCUGAAGCUGCCAGCGGAGUGGAAUGUGCUGGGGACAGAUCAGACGUCUCAUGACGGCGGCCCCCGGGAGACGUUGAUGCAUUUUGCCGUGCGGCUGGGCCUGCUGAGGUUGACGUGGUUCCUGCUGCAGAAGCCCGGUGGCCGCGGGGCCCUCAGCAUCCACAACCAGGAAGGGGCGACACCUGUGAGCCUGGCCCUGGAGCGGGGCUAUCACCAGCUGCACCAGCUUCUAACCGAGGAGAACGCCGGAGAACCAGACUCCUGGAGCCGUCUAUCCUAUGAGAUACCUUACGGAGACUGUUCUGUGAGGCACCAUCGAGAGCUGGACGUCUAUACGUUAACCUCUGAGUCCGAAGCGCAUCAUGAACCCCCAUUUCCUGGAGACCGUUGCACUGGACACAUAUUUAAACUUAGGAACAUCCAACAGCAGCUAAUGAAAACAAACCUUAAGCAGAUGGACAAUCCCAUGCCCUUAAUGGUGACAGCACAGGAUCCUUCAGGUGUGCCCGCUGCUCAGGAUACAGACAGCCAGUGUCUCUGCUAUGCAUCAGCCCCCAGGGACGGCCAGCAGCGCCCUCUUCCCGAAGACACCGCAAGCUCUCCGUGCUGCCCAGGGAGCACUGCCGGGGGGAUUGCAAGUUCCUGCGAUUUGUCAGGUGUGGCUAAGGAGGAGCACACAGACUGUUCCUGCGGGAGGAGAACUGCAGGCGUGGAGAGAAAAGGGGAAGAGGUGGAGGCAGCACGCGCUGCGGACUGCGGAGCCGCAUCUGGGCCCAGCCACUGCCUGCAGAGUGUGCCCGAUUGUGGAGGAAAGGGCGCAGGGGGCGUCCCCUGCUGUGGACUCAGAAACGGAGAAACUGGAACAGAAUCUGCUGCACUGGCCGCGGACCAGGAGUCUCCAGGCGCCGGAGACCACGUCCCGCAGGGAGACGUGGACAUGCAGCCGGGCACCACUGCCAUUCGGCAUCUGUCUGGAGGGGAGCUUGCAGUCAGUGUCCCAGCGACUGCUGGGGACCCAAAAUGUGAUCUCGGGAACACAGACACCCCCACCCAGAAGAACGUGCUCGAAGCUGGGGGGAGCACGGGCGAAGAGGUUGCCAGCUCUGGUGUCAGCACGGCUGGAGCCUGUGAUGGAAGAGGCCCGAGGAAGCCUGCAGGUGAAGCCGGCGCUCCUCACGGCAUCCCUGCCACUGCUUCCCUGGAGGCUUCCAGACCUGUCGAGUGUUCACCUGCAGGCAGUAAUGGAGAAGCCUCCACCGUCAGAACUGCAGAGACUGAAACUUCGCGAGGUUGUGAGGGGGGCGCUGGGGUUCCACCAAAUCCGAGCCCCCCAGUACUUGCAGCUGCAGCGGAAGACACGCCUGCUGAUGGGUUUGAGCCCUGUGCUCCCUUGGCAGGCACAAGUGUGCCAGCAUCGCCCUCUGGCCUAACCUUUCCUGGGCCCCAAAAAGACACAGCAAACCAGGAGCCAGGAACGGAUUCACCUCCCAUCCAAAGCCCAAACGGCGAAUCACCCCUCUGUCCCCCCACUGGAGGUGGCAAGCCGUGUGCUGUCUCCACGCGGCAGCAGGACAUGGUGACUUCUGGUGGUGUGUUGGCUGCGGAACGCUGUGAUGACAUAGUUACCCAGCCUGAAAGCAGCCCCCCAGGACUGCCCCCCACGCAGCAUCCACCCCCUGCCGCCUGCUGUGAAGGUCCACGGGCUAGCCCGGCCGCCCCUGGCCCUGUGCGAGAUACCCAGGAACAUGUGGCAUUUUGUCGUCUUGAAGUUUCAGAUACGAAGGGCCAAGGAGGAGAUUUGAAACUAGAAACCAACUCAACAGAUAUGCUUGGGGUGCGUCCGCACGCUGCUGCCCUCGGAGCUGAGAAGGAGCUGGUGCCGGACCAGGCAGUGACAUCAGACAGGGUUUUUUCUCUGGCAGGCGGUUCAGGCAGUGAAUCAGUAACCAAAGAUGACGCGCUUUCUCUUGUCCCCUCCCAGAAAGAAAAGGGAACAGCAGCUCCUGGACUGCACACGGCUCCAGACGGUAGAGAUGGCCCGGGCGGAGAUGCGAAUGAGCCCCUAGAAGACGGCGCCGCAGGCCUGCCCGUGCCCUCCGCCGCUCUCCAGCUUCAGCCCAGCAUGGGGAAUACCAGUCCCACGGCACUUGGCGAGGAACAAGGGGGACCCUGCCUCUCAGCAGCCCCCGAAGUUCCGAAUCUCGAGGGCGGCGCGGACUCUUCUCUGCUGCCUGCGGGGAAGGCCACCGUGGCCUCCAGUUCCAUUUUGACUGAAGAAGGGAAAAAUCUGGUGCUUCCAGAAAGCUCUGAAGCUCAGGGACAGGGUGGCAGGGAUAAAGCAGUGACUUGCUCCCCUGUUAAGGAAGACACGCUUUCCUUGGGAACGUUCCAGGAAGAGCGGAGAACACCACCUCCCGGACAGGAGGCGCAGGGACUCCGUGGAGAGCCCGGCUCCGCUGGCUGUGCUGAGGACAGAGCCCUGGAGCACGGCAACACGCUGGACACGCCCUCGGCCUGCCUUGAUGCAGAAACUCAGCAAAACAAGGAAGUGGCCCCACCAGUCUCGCCACCGACUGAAGGUGGGGCUGCACAGAGCCUGGUGCCGCCGGGAGCCGGGCUGGCUGCAGCCCCACGCCAGGAAGCCCUGGGUGCAGAGCAGGGCAGCUCGGCUCCCUCGCCAGGGCUCUUACCAGAUGGGGCUGAGGCUCAGCCUUGCAGUCGAGCUUUUGCUCUGGAUGCUGGAGUGCAAAACCUUAACUCCCAGGGAAUAAACCCUGCUUGUGAGGUGAACGGAAAGGUGGCCUUGGAUGUCGCCGUGGCUAACGCUUUACCAGGCACCGUUGGGGCCGGGAGACAGGCUGCAUCACACAACACACAAGACCUCCCACUUCCAAAAGCCUCGUUGAGCCAGGAGGAGAAUAUGAUCCUGGGGUCGCCAGGAGCUUUACCAGACAGAGGAGUGACUGACCCACAGGGCGCUGUGACUCCAGAGUUGCUCCCUCUCGGUUGGAAGGAAGCGGACCACGGCAGCAGCUUGGGCAGCUCCGGGGAGGCACAGGUGGACACCCAGGCACAUCACAUCCUACGGCAGCCUGUUGCCACAGAGGUCCCCCCGGAGGCCGGGCUCCCACGCACUGGUGACCAGGCCCCAGCCGGGGAAAGGAGCGCUCCCCCUCUGCCCUGUGCUGCGCAUCUGCCCGAGAGUGCCGACUCCAUCGAGGAGGCCGCGAGUCGCAUUGUGGAGGCCGUCCUAGAUCAAGUCAAGGCCUCGGGAGCACUCCUCACUGGGCGGGGGACCAGUCACAUGUCACUGUCCAGUCCUCCAGAGUCAGGCCCGGUGACCGAGCGGCCAGUGAGUGCUUCUGCAGGGAACGGGAUCGCCUUUGUGCCUGGGCAGACCCCACAAACGGGCAGUGUUCGUGAAGAAGCCCCUGGCAACCUCGCAGGGUGUUCGGCUGAAAGCGGGGAGCUGGAGAAGAUGAAUCUGCCUGCUGACGGACCUGAGCCGGCAACAGAAAUGCCAGACCUGAAAGCUGCCGACGAAGUGGAUUUUCGGAGUAAUGGGAGGACGGGCGUGGCCUCUGCAGAGGUGGCCGUGGGAGACGUGGCCACCACAGCAGAGAUGAAACCAGGCCUAAAGACCCAGGCGAUAAACCGGGAAAGCUGGUGUACAAUACAGCCGUGCCCUGAUGCAGCGUCUCUCUUGGCUCCCACACAGAGCCCAGGAUGUGACAGCUUCCUGGAUGUUGGACUGGCCAGAGAGUGUGCCUCAAAACCAGGUGUGCUCAAACGAGAAUCCGGAAGUGACUCUGACCUCUUUCAGUCACCCAGCGAAGAAGUGGACAGCAUCAUCUUCUCCAAGCCCGAGGAAGAGCAGUUGGUCUGUGAUAUCACCGGAUCCAGUUCUUCCACCGAUGACACGGCUUCCUUGGAUCGACAUUCCUCUCAUGGCAGUGACGUAUCCCUCCCCCAGAUUUCAAAUUUGAACAGGUCCAGAGAUCAGCAGUGUCUUGACAGCUUCUACAGCCAUGGGGCUGGAGCUGAGGGUCGAGAGAGUGAGGGCGAAGCUGCUGGCUCAGGUGAGAUGGACGAGGAGGAGAUGGACAGCAUCACCGAAGUGCCCACGAACCGCUCUGUGCUGAGGGGCUCGAUGCGCUCCCUGUCCCCUUUCCGGAGGCACAGCUGGGGUCCUGGGAAGAACGCGGCCAGCGACGCGGAAAUGAAUCAGCGCAGUUCAUUGCGAGUUCUUGGGGACGUUGUCAGGAGACCCCCCAUUCAUAGGAGAAGUAUGAGCUGGUGUCCUUCUGGUGUGCAAUAUUCUGCUGCCCUGAGUGCUGACUUUAAUUACAGAAGUUUCAGCCUAGAAGGCUUGACAGGAGGAGCCGGUGUCGGAAACAAGCCGUCCUCAUCUCUAGACGUAAACUCUGCAAACACCAAAGAGCUCAGGCACCCUUUCAGUGGGGAGGCGAGGGGUGACUCUCUGAUGUCGCUUUCAGAAGAGGAUCUGGAAUCAGGCCAGAGAGAACACAGGAUGUUUGAUCAGCAGGCAUGUCACAGAUCUAAACAACAGGGAUUUAAUUACUGUACAUCAGCCAUUUCUUCUCCAUUGACAAAAUCCAUCUCAUUAAUGACAAUCAGCCAUCCUGGGUUGGACAAUUCACGGCCUUUCCACAGCACCAGUGCUAACCUGACCGAGAGUAUAACAGAAGAGACCUAUAGUUUCCUGCCUCAAAGCCCCUCCAAGAAAGAUUUUGAAGGCAAGAGUGGAACAAAAGUCAGCCGCACAUUCAGCUACAUCAAGAAUAAAAUGUCCAGCAGUAAGAAGAGCAGAGAAAAGGAAAAAGAGAAAGAGAAAAUCAAGGAGAAGGAGAAAGAUUUGAAGGAGAAGGACAAGGACAAGAAGACUGUCAACGGACACGCUUUCAGUUCCAUCCCUGUUGUGGGUCCCGUCAGCUGUAGCCAGUGCGUGAAGCCUUUCACCAGCAAGGACGCCUACACUUGUGCAAGUUGCGGUGCUUUCGUCCACAAAGGCUGCAGAGAGAGUCUGGCCUCGUGUGCAAAGGUCAAGAUGAAGCAGCCCAAGGGGACCCUGCAGGCACAUGACACGUCUUCGCUGCCCACGGUCAUCAUGAGAAGCAAGCCCUCCCAGCCCAAGGAGCGCCCCCGAUCCGCGGUCCUCCUGGUGGAGGAAACCACUGCCGUCCCCAUGUUUGCCAGUAGACGGUCACAGCAAAGCGUUUCACUCUCCAAAAGUGUCUCCAUACAGAACAUUGCUGGAGUCGGCACUGAUGAGAACAUAUCAAACACCUGGAAGUUCCUGUCUCAUUCGACAGACUCACUAAAUAAAAUCAGCAAGGUCAAUGAGUCGACAGAAUCACUUACUGAUGAGGGAGUAGGUACAGACAUGAAUGAAGGACAGCUGAUGGGGGACUUUGAGAUGGAAUCCAAACAGCUAGAAGCAGAGUCCUGGAGUCGAAUAGUGGACAGCAAGUUUCUGAAACAGCAAAAGAAAGAUGUGGUCAAACGGCAAGAAGUGAUUUACGAGUUGAUGCAGACAGAGCUGCACCACGUCCGGACGCUCAAGAUUAUGAGCGACGUGUACAGCCGGGGGAUGAUGACCGAACUGCUCUUUGAGCAGCAGAUGGUGGAGAAGCUGUUCCCCUGUUUGGACGAGCUGAUCAGUAUCCAUAGCCAGUUCUUCCAGAGGAUCCUGGAGCGGAAGAAGGAAUCUCUGGUGGAUAAAAGUGAGAAGAACUUUCUCAUCAAGAGGAUGGGGGACGUGCUUGUAAAUCAGUUUUCAGGGGAGAACGCGGAGCGCUUGAAGAAGACGUACGGCAAGUUCUGUGGGCAGCACAACCAGUCUGUAAACUACUUUAAAGACCUUUACACCAAGGAUAAGCGGUUUCAGGCCUUUGUGAAGAAGAAGAUGAGCAGCUCCGUCGUGAGGAGACUGGGAAUCCCGGAGUGCAUACUGCUGGUGACCCAGCGGAUCACCAAAUACCCGGUGUUGUUCCAAAGGAUCCUGCAGUGUACCAAAGACAACGAGGUGGAGCAGGGAGAUCUCGCUCAGUCCCUCAGCCUGGUGAAGGAUGUGAUUGGAGCCGUAGACAGCAAGGUGGCAAGUUACGAAAAGAAAGUGCGUCUCAAUGAGAUUUAUACGAAGACAGAUAGCAAGUCGAUCAUGAGGAUGAAGAGUGGCCAGAUGUUUGCCAAGGAAGAUUUGAAGCGGAAGAAGCUUGUGCGGGACGGGAGUGUGUUUCUGAAGAACGCGGCAGGAAGGCUGAAAGAGGCUCAAGCAGUUCUCCUUACUGACAUUUUAGUUUUCCUUCAAGAAAAAGACCAGAAAUAUGUCUUUGCAUCAUUGGACCAGAAGUCAACAGUGAUCUCUUUAAAGAAGCUGAUUGUGAGAGAGGUAGCGCACGAGGAGAAAGGUCUGUUCCUGAUCAGCAUGGGCAUGAGGGACCCCGAGAUGGUGGAAGUGCACGCCGGCUCCAAAGAGGAGCGCAACAGCUGGAUUCAGAUCAUCCAGGACACGAUCAACACCCUGAACAGAGAUGAAGACGAGGGAAUUCCUAGCGAGAGCGAGGAAGAAAAGCGGGCGCUGGACAGCAGAGCGCGGGAAUUAAAAGAACAACUUCAGCAGAAGGACCAGCAGAUCCUUCUCUUACUGGAAGAGAAGGAGAUGAUCUUUCGGGACAUGACUGAGUGCAGCACUCCCUUGCCUGAAGAGUGCUCCCCAACUCACAGCUCUAGAGUCCUCUUCCGCUCCAACACAGAAGAGGCACUCAAAGGAGGACCUUUAAUGAAAAGUGCAAUAAAUGAGGUGGAGAUCCUUCAGGGUUUGGUGAGUGGAAGCCUGGGAGGCACACUGGGGCAGGCUGUCAGUAGCCCUGUUGAGCAAGAAGGUACGGUUGGCCCUGUUUCCUUGCCCCGGAGAGCAGAGACCUUUGGAGGAUUCGACAGCCAUCAGAUGAAUGCUUCUAAAGGAGGCGAGAAGGAAGAGGGAGAGGAUGGCCAAGAUCUUAGAAGAACAGAGUCGGACAGUGGUCUGAAAAAGGGUGGAAAUGCUAACCUGGUAUUUAUGCUUAAAAGAAACAGUGAGCAGGUUGUCCAGAGUGUCGUUCACCUCCACGAACUCCUCAGCACGUUGCAGGGCGUGGUGCUGCAGCAGGACAGCUACAUCGAGGACCAGAAGCUGCUGCUGGCCGAGCGCGCGCUCAGCCGCGGCUCGUCGCGCCCCAGCUCCCUGGUGGAGCAGGAGAAGCAGCGCAGCCUGGAGAAGCAGCGCCAGGACCUGGCCAACCUGCAGAGGCAGCAGGCGCAGCACCUGGACGAGAAGCGGCGGCGCGAGCGCGAGUGGGAGGCCCGCGAGCGGGCGCUGCAGGAGCGCGAGGCGCGGCUGGCGCAGCGCGAGCAGGACGUGCGGCAGGGCCGCCAGGACCUCGACCGUGACCGCGACGAGCUGCAGUUCAAGAAGGGCGCCUACCAGUGCGACCUGGAGAGGCUGCGCGCCGCCCAGAAGCAGCUGGAGAGGGAGCAGGAGCAGCUGCGCCGGGACGCCGAGCGCCUUAGCCAGAGGCAGGCGGAGCACGACGCCUGUCAGGUGUCUCACCCUCACACCAAGCUGCUGAGGAUCCCAUCCUUCUUCCCGAAUCCUGAGGAGUCCCCCUUGCCAUCUGUACCUGCGAUAGCCAAAUCAGGGUCACUGGACUCAGAACUCUCGGUGUCCCCAAAAAGGAACAGCAUCUCUCGGACGCACAAAGAUAAGGGGCCUUUUCACAUACUGAGCUCCACCAGCCAGACAAACAAAGUAGCAGAGGGUCCGAGCCAGGCCCCCGUGCCCGCCUCCGCCUCCACCCGCCUGUUCGGGUUAGCCAAGCCAAAGGAGAAGAAGGAGAAGAAAAAGAAGAAUAAAGGAAGCCGCUCUCAGUCUGGUGAUGGCCCCGCAUCAGAAGUGCCCACGGAGGGUGAAGAGAUCUUCUGCUGACCCUGCCCACUGUCCCGGCCCGUGGCUGCCAGCUCCCCACUGUCCUGCCAUUCCUGGGUGUGCUCUCCUACCGUGGACGCCCAUGCCAGGAGACCAGGGCCCUGGACCAGGAACAGAUGGUCUCGAAUGUCAGGGUGGGGUGGGAGGCCCGGGGCUGGUGGCAUUGGUGGCAGCCAACGGCUCCACUGAGGAUGUUUCAGUGGUCCGGGCACUGGUUUGGGGCACGUCAGGAACUCCUAAAGGCUGAAAGAGGUUUCCAAAUAAGGUCUGAAGUUAUCCCUGCCUUUUGUUUGGGGGACACAGCAGUCUGACAAGCAGAUAGUGGGACUCUGUGUGCGUACCGGUACCUGUCUGCAUGGACGCGUAGGGUCUGCUGGAAGCAGGCACCCUCCGUGGCAGGCGUCGGCUCGGCAGUGAAAGUGCUGCCCAGUCUGCUCAGGUAGCGUGUGGGCGCUUGGGGCUCCCCCGGUCCUCUGCGGCGGUUUUCCCAGAACCUUACCCCGUGCACACCUCACCCCUUUUUGCAUGUAUUUCUCAUUUCAUUUUGGAAGGGAGGGCGAACGUUUGUGAAAACCAGUGAGAGAAGGUGUGAUGUGUUCAAAGAGCAUAUAUAUGUACAUGAUCUGCACCAUCCUGAUUUGGGGAUUUCAGCUAUUUAAAAAAAAAAUCUAAUUUCAACAUCCAAUCCAAAGAAAUCCUAUUCUGGCUUCCUGUUUUUCCUGCAUUGUGACACUUUUUGGUUGUCACUGACCCACAGCCUCCUGGCAACCUCCCAAGGGAAAAGCUACAGCUCCGGCAGUGAGGUUGUCCCCACCCCUGUUACCAGGACAACUGGCUGAGUAGGUUCAGGUGAAGGAGUUCAGCCCGUGUGCAGCAAUUUCCACCAGUGUAGACCGAGGGAAUCACUGGCCCAGGUGUGGCUCAGAAACGUUUUCAUUCUGUCUUGGGGGCCUCGGCAGAAUUUGAUCUCUUAAAACCUUUUUCCAGUCUUGAAGGUCUGUUGGUUGUUGUAGGUCACCCCUUGAAGGUGCCACAAAUGCUGCCUGGUCUUUCUUUGUCUUUUCCCCCACCGUGGGUGAUCCGUGUCUGCUUGAGGCUCGUCACCAGCUGGUUGGAGCAGGACAGUUUGUGGAGUCCCCUCUGAGGCCCGUGUGCCUGCUGGAUUCACUGCUUCCCUGCAGGGGGGCAGCCAAGAAAAGUCUGUGCUUUCAGUGCGCCCUUUGAUUCCUGCUUAGUGCCCCUCAGGAGCAUGGGUCUUGGGACAUACUUGUUGGAAAAGCAAAAUCUGUAACUUGGUGCUUGUUGAUGAAUUGCAAGCUGGCCUUGCAGAUGGAGAUAUUUAUCUUUCAGUUUAUUUGAAAGAGGUCUGCUUUAAAAUUUUUAGCUUAGAUUUGUUUAUUUAUUUGUGUGUGUGUGUGUGUGUGUGUUAAGGGUAAACAUACCGGCCCAACGGUUUCAGCUCUCCGAUCCACGAGGAACUUGAUGAGCCAGCAGUGUGGCUCACUCCUCAGUGUCUGUCCAAGUGCCUUGAGGGCCCAAAAGAAAAUUAAGGGUUGGGGCAGGGGUCCGUGUCCUUCCCUCCUCCUACCCCACCUCCCUUCUUUGAUCUAGGGUUGUCUUCCCUGCUUGAGAGUCGAGAAACGCCACCUGUGGGUUACAUUUGGCUCUUUCUGUCCUGGAGAUCUAGCCUUCAGAAACAGACUCUCAGAACCAAACCAACUAAUCUUUUGAACUACGAUGUACCCCCCCCCCCCCCCCCAAGACCCUAAGGUACAGGACUUCCUUGCACCAGCCCAUACAGCUCUGAGCUACAGCCCUGCCUGCCACGGUUCUCCUCCGGUCCACAUGGAGCCUGGCUGGCUGUCCUCGUCCCCAACUCAGGUUCCCCUCUGGGGCUUCACGUUCCCCACCCCCCCCCCCCCCCCCCCGCCCCAGAAGCACUCUGCUGGGGGGAGUGGCCCCGGCGGAUGAAGCCUGCGUUCCUGCUCUGUGUCCACAUAGGCCAGGCCUCCCCAUGUACUCCCCACAGAGUCGCCAUGGACACUGGGUUUCUGUCCAUUGCUGCCCAGCUCAAUGGCGAUUUGAAGGUGCCUUUUACUCCCAAUCUGCUCGAAGGUUUAAGUUGUUUUGGUUGUUUUGGCUGGUGUUUUUUCCAGACAGAUUUCACCUGCCCCCACACCCCAGGAACUCCACUCGGUUGCGUUGUGGUUGGACCAGUGUGGAAUCAGAAUUGGAAAGUAGCUUCCUGCGUCCACCUGGCCUGCCCUCUCGCACAAUGUGGUCUGCAGCACAGAGAGAACUGCUUCCUAAGACCUGUGCUCUGACGUGCCUUUCUCCUCUUUCCCCCGUGAAACUGAACUCCGGGGGACGUUGUUGUGCUUGCAGAACUGCCUGGAUUGUUGCUGCUUGUGCUUGUGACCUGGAGAGCCGCUCUGGGGCCCGAGUCGUGAGCCCUCAUUUCCUGUGAGAAGGGGUUGUCUGCCAGGGUGGCUCCGACCCAGUGUUCCAUUGUGUCCCCCUGGUAGGGUACCACACUUGUCCACCAGGCUCAAGAAAGCAGAUGCCUGACGUUGCGUUUAAGUUUGGGGGGACAGAUAGAGACAACCAUCCAGAGUCCCCAGAUUUCCAGAGUCUAGUGAAUUUCCUGGAAGGAGGCUCCAUCCUUCUCAAAACUUCUAUCAUCUCAGAAGCUGUCAUCCCAGGUGGGUGACAUGUGCACUUUAACCGCUCUCAUCUGUCGGCUUCAUUUUUGAGACAAUCGGCUAUGUUCGUGGAGGCGGGGUAAAAACCUGCAGUUUGCCAUAAUUCAGCCUUUGCCAACAUUCCACUCUCUACCCCCACGAGAGCUGUCUGUGGGGCAGAAGUCCUUAUCAAGUUUGGGGGUUGUUUUGUUUUUUGAAAAGGUACGAAUCCUACCUUUUUCCCUCUUACGUCUCAGGGUAGCACCACUGAAAGUUGUCCCUUCAAGAAUGUUCUCCCUCGUUAUCUUGCCUAACCCCUGGUAUCAGCACAAAAUUUUAAGACCCAUGGGGUUUGUUUUACCCUUAUGGGGGGGCAGGUGUUGGUGUGUGGGGGUUUGAUAAAGCAGGUUUUGCCUUAAGUGAAGGGUGGAAAAUCAUACCUUAGAAGCCAGGACGGUCCAGGAAUUGACAUUCACAGAAGUACUUGGUUUUUCAUCCCUUGGUCUCUAAAGUUGCUUUUCCGAAGCCCAUUCUUUCUUCCCGAGGACUUUGGUAUUUGCACGGGGCUGCCAUCCACCCCGGUGUUGAUGGGUGCACGGUUGUGCCCAGAGGGCAGCCAGGCCCCGCGCAGGGCUUGGAGAGCCUAUUCUAGUGAGUGGGCUUCAGUGACCAUAGACAGGGUGGUUUGGAGGGGACCCCAGACGGUGCUGGACUCCCGCCAGUGCUCGGACGCCCUUGGGAUUUGGAAGCCCAGAAACAUCCCUCAGCUUAGAUGGUGGCAGUGGUUGAGAGAGACGUGUGGCCUGCCUGCCUUCCGGUUCCCAGCCCAGCGCGUCGUUCUCGCUGAUCUGCAAAGAGGAGGGUUGCGGUUUGUGUCUUGAUUUUUCUUCCAGCGUAGCCUAACAUUCCUAGUCACCCAGGAGCUUUGGAAUCUACCACCUGCUGGCCAGGUUUUAGAAAGUAUUUUCAUGCUGCCAUAAAAGGAAAAAAAAAAAAAUAGGAAGGGGGAAAAAAAGGCUUUUCUUUCGUUGUAUCAUCUAAUUUGUGCAAAGAUUGACAGGCCUUGAAUUACUUCUCCAUCUCGCUAAGGUUCAAAGCCGGGCAAACCCAACUGGCUAAAGUCCUCCGGCCACAGACCCUGACAACCUGCUCCACACACCCAGCCAAGCCCGGCCUGUGCUGGGGUCGCCUCGCUGCUGUCCAGCAGAGGGCACUGCCCCCCAACCCGGCCUCUUCCCCCCAGAGACUCCCCCAGCCUGAGCUCUCCUGUCUCUUGCAGCCACCUGACAGGGAGCCGCCCGGUCAGCUCGCCCGUGGUCACGGUUUAGCCUGUGGUUUUCUGUGUCCUUACCUGCCGGGGGCGCGGGGGGACGCCCAGAUAUGCAGGAGGCCGACCCCCGUACACCUUAUACCUCUGCUUCUGUUGUUUUCAGAUGCUAUACGAACAUUUCUAUGCUAGAUUCUUUUUGAAAUACAAAGGGGUUAAAACCCAGAUGCUGUAUAUUAAUUUGUAAUUAUGUAUAAAGUAAAACAGUUUUAAACUGUAAAAAUUUUUUUUCAAUGUGUUUUCUGGGAUUUUGCCACAACAUACUGGCUUUGUAUUUUAUUUAUCUUCCUUUCUAGUUAUUGGCUUCAGACUCUACUUGUAAAGUCCCCUCCACCCUUUCAAAAAAAUAAAUGUCCCUUAAGUCUCAA